CAUCAUGGGCCCGCCUAAACUUGAGAUUUGCUUACGGAACGUAAGUGUUCCGAGAGAAGAAGACAAGGUAAGGACGGCAGGCGAGUUCAAUGACCGCAUGUUUAAGCAUUUGGUGCCUUUUGUAUUGGUGAUUUGCUUCGUGGCAAAAGUGGCUGGCGUUUCACCCCGAAGAGAUAUUUGAGUGAGAGUCGUUCCGUUUGUAAACAAUGUGAUCGUAUUCAUCGCUUCUCGGUGUUGCAGUGUGAUUACAGUGAAAAUUCGUGACUAAUCUCCUGCGAAGUUGAGAAGGCAUCCUGGAGGACAUAACAGAGUGAUACAGAGCAAUUCAACAAAGUCGAGCAUCUGUCACGAUAUAGGUAGUAGACAGUCUGGCUCGGGUUAAUGUUCGUACAGGUAAUGAUCGAGCACAGCGUCGUACAAUUUUAACGAAUAACCGAAUAAGGAAGAAGGAAAUAUUCCGAAUUAUAUGUCGCUGCCUUUGCUAGCAGCAAGCAAGGUUUACAUGGUAAGCGUCGCCGAAAAGCUGACAGCCAAGGACGCAUCAUUCGUCAAUUCGAGUGAAUUUAAGGAAUAAACAUGAAAACUGAAAAGUGAUAGAGGUGACAGAAGUAAACAUAACAAGGCAACACACAAUAAGAGGAGGUGACAAGGACAACACGCGAUUCUCAUACACUAAACAAAAAAGAAGGGGAGGAAGAAGAGGAGGAGGAGGAGGAGGAGGAGGAGGAGAAGGAGAAGAAGAAGAAGAAGAAAAGACGAAGACGAAGAAGAAGAAGAAUAAGAAGAAGACGACGAAGAAGUAUAGUAACAGUAGUACUAUCGGACAACAGUUAAACAGUUGAACCACGGCACUGAGUGGCGGUACGUGACGUUGCGUUGCAGUGAGGAAGCGAUCGAGCCAAGAUUAUACCACGCGUUGCAAGCAGAACAAGGCUUGCUGAGAGAGAGAGAGAGAAAGAGAGAGAGAGAGAGAGAGAGAGAGAGAGAGACGAGUCGAAAAAAAACGGGUGCGCACGCGACGUGAAUGCGUGCGGCAAUACACACGUCUCUUGCGAGGUGUUUACUGCGUGUUGUCGAGCGUGCCUUGUCAUUCUGUACGGGGGUGUUGGUGAAGGAAUACCGCACUUUCCGGGUCGUGACCGGAUCGUGCCGUGUUUGCUCGUGAUUCCGGAGUUUAGUCGCUCGUAACGCAUAGCUGUUUCCAUUCUCGCGGCGAACGCACGCGCGACCCUCCUCUCGAGGACGAGGACGACGCGUCGUUGAUCAUCGUUACGGACGGAGAAGAGAUCGAAGAAAAUGGCCGACAGUUGGAUUAACAGUGUUGCUUGCCGAUAUUUCAAGAACGGCGUUUGUCGCGAGGGUAACAACUGUCGAUUCCGGCACGUACAAGGGACCAGAGAUGAUGCAGAUGUCAAUAACGCAGAGACAACAUCGUCCGGACCAAUCUUCAAUGUUACAUGUCGCUUCUUUAAGCAAGGAAUAUGUAGGUUCGGAAAUCAGUGUCACUUUCGACAUAGUGCAAGCAACUCCGAUAGUAAUGCCAAACAAAGUGAUGCAAUAGAAAAUCCUGCCUCAGGUCAGCAUACUGCAAGCUCUUCAAAGAAGGGGAAUAACGACAAAUGUGCUGCUGAAGAAUGGGUGAAAGCACCCGAGUUUAUACCUACAGUUGUGCCUCCCAUUGCUGGGUCAUCCUCUUCUACAGAUGAAGUGUCUACUUCGGGAACAUCUACAGGCACGUUGAAACCAACAUCAUAUGCUCAAGCUGUUAAUCCAUCUGGUCAAGCCUCGAGUCCUGCUUUAGAACCUUUGUGUCCGUACGCCGAAGCAACCGGAAUCUGCAAAAAAUUAAACUGCACAUAUCUUCAUGGCGAUAUUUGUGAAUUGUGUAAUCGUGCGGCUCUCCAUCCACAUAAUGAAGAGCAGCAAAAAAAACAUACAAAUGCAUGUGUGAAACAACAUGAAGCAGACAUGGAAUUAUCCUUUGCCAUACAACGCAGCAAAGAGAAGUCUUGUGGUGUAUGCUUUGAAACAAUAAUGGAGAAAUCAUCACGAGAGCAGAGGUUCGGUAUUCUGCCGAAUUGUAAUCACUGCUUUUGUUUAACUUGUAUCAGAAAAUGGCGGCAGGCAAAGCAAUUUGACAACAAGAUCAUAAGAGCAUGUCCAGAGUGUCGUGUUCCAUCAGAUUUUGUCUGUCCCAGUAUGUACUGGGUGGACACGAAGGAGGAGAAGGAAAAGUUAAUAAGGGAUUAUAAAGGCGCCUUGAGUACUAAGGAUUGCAAGUAUUUCAAUAAAGGUCGUGGCAAGUGUCCAUUUGGUAAUAAGUGCUUCUACCUGCACGCACUUCCCGAUGGUACCAAGAAAGACGUUGGUCCACCGCGAAGACGCCAUGCUGAUUAUGAUAUCGAUUUCUUACACCAAUUAAUCCUAUGGGAUUUCCUCGAAGAAAGAGACGAUCGCUGGAUGUACCUCGAUUUAGAAGAAAUUCCAUUCUUCUCUGAUUCGGACGAUUCCGAUUGGUCUGAUUAUGAGCUGUCGUUCGACUAGAACAGUAAAGCUAGUCGGGUCGUAUUGCCCUUAUCAGAUCACUGAUAUCCUGUUGGUGUUCGACCUUUAGCCACUCCCUUUACUUUUUACUUUACCUUUAUCUUAUCCUUCACGUGCAAAUUUGGCGGCGGGAAGAAUUACUGCAUUGCAAAUGAUUUUGAAUGGUUAUAUUUCGAAGACACAUUUUAGCCAGUAUAUCUUAACGGGAAUGCGUUAUAGGUGAAGUCAAGCACAUUAUGAGUAGUAUUGGUAUUAUUCGCAGUACAUUUGGAUUUUCCAUGAAUACUUUGCAAAGUUACAGUCGUAUAAUGUAUAAUUACAACCUUCGUAAUUAUUGUCGUAAUACGUAUUGUCAUAAUUACAUCGUACAAUUACGUCGCAUCAUUAAACCGCAAAAUUAUAAUUUUCUGAGAAGGAUUUGAAAUCUUUAUGAGUACCUUCAAGCGUAACAUAUAUAUA